GCGUAUCUAAACAGAACAUAUGAUCCUCGUUGGUAGUCGUAACGUAGUAAAAAGCUACCAAAAUGUCAAGAAGGCAUUAUCAUGUAUUUUCGAUCCAGUAUCUCACGGUCUAAACUAAAAAUUGUGCCUUAUUAAAAACACUUCUUAAGAAAGCAUGGAACUUGCUCGAAAUCUUGUUACUUGCAAAUUAAAAUGCUAUCUUCUCAAAGCGCCGAAAAAAUAUUGUUUGCAUCAUGUAAGACACAUCAGAUUGGCAGAAGUAGGAAAAUUAGAAACACCAAAAUUACAAGGAAAGUAUGAAACUGGUCAAUUAAUUCUACACAGAGUAUUUGGUUACCGAGGUGUAAUAUUAUUUCCUUGGACAGCAAGAGUUUAUGACAGAGAUAUUCCAAAUAAAAGAGAAGGAAAUAUAAAUGAUCACUAUAAUAGUGUGGGAAAAGAAGUAAAAGGUAGAACUCAUACCUUUUAUCAGGUACUAAUUGACCAAAGAGAUUAUCCUUUUAUACGUGCUCAGACAGAAGCUGUAACAUUUUUGAGUAAUCAUGAAAGUAGUCAUAGCUUAUAUACAGUCCCAGGAUUGGAUUAUGUUGCUCAUGAAGAUGUUUUGCCUUAUACUACAAAUGAGAAAACUGCAUUGCAACACGAACUAUUUGACAAGUUCCUAGCAUAUAAUCCAAAUCAGGAUCCAUGUUUUGUUGCACAAGAAACCCUAAGAGCAUGGCAGAAAAAGAAUCAUCCAUGGUUGGAGUUAUCAGAUGUACAUAAAGAAACUACUGAAAAUGUUCGUGUUACUGUAAUUCCGUUUUAUAUGGGUUAUAGAGGAAAUCAAGCUACAGCUGCACACUGGUGGCGCUACUGCAUUCGAUUGGAAAAUUUGGGUGAUAUGAGUGUGCAAUUACGUGAAAGACACUGGAGAAUAUUUAGUCUUUCUGGCACAUUGGAAACUGUACGAGGACGAGGUGUUGUUGGUCAGGAACCUGUCUUAUCAAAAAUUUUACCUGCUUUUCAAUAUAGUAGUCAUGUGAGUUUGCAAGCUGCAAGUGGUCAUAUGUGGGGUACAUUCAGAAUGGAAAGGGAAGAUGGAUAUGCAUUUGAUUGUAGGAUUCCACCAUUUUCUUUGGAAUCUAAAAUAGAGAAACCACCUACAGAUAUGAAUAUCAGUUCUUAAACAAGCUAUGUAAUGCCGUGUGGAAAGUGAUGGAAAAUAAAUAACACUAAAAAUUGA